UCGAGGGAGGGUGCGCCGAGUCCCCGAGGCGCUGAGAGGAGGAGCCCACCCCACCCGCCGUGGGGUCGGGAGGCGGCGAAGUCGGGGCUCUUCUCUACCCUCCGGCUGUCGGAGCGCCCGCCUCCGCGACGAUCCGGCUGAGCUGUGAUUCGGUCCUCCAGUCCCUAGAGGGCGCCGCGUCCCCAGCGGCCUUACGGUCCCCUCCAGCCGCCAGAAGGUGGCGCCCUCGGAGGCCGGGCGGCCUCGCGGAACCUGUCGUCGAGGCUGUGGCUGGACUACUAUAGAGGCAACACUUCCUGGGACCUGGGGCCCAGCCGAGCACGCCCUUCUGCCUCGUGCUCCCGGUUUGCCUGCCCUUGGAGUCUUGCCCCACCAUUUUCAAACCAGUUCCUGGAUGCGCUGAAGUCUCCUUUCACACCAGGGCCCAACCCCACACCCACUUGUCCAGAGCGGCCCACUCGUACCAGAGAGUGAUGGAGGGGCCUCUUGAGGGUGGGGAUGCGUCCCCAGACUCCCAAGGCCUUGCCGCAGACGGGAGGAGGUUUGCUGUGUGCAGUUUCAGGAACACCCAGAAGGAGGAACCUGCUCACCAGAUACAGGCUGUGGACCCCAGACCUUCGAGACCAGCAGUAGGGGCAACCCAAGGCAGAGGACUACAGGGAGGAGGUUCCUUGUCCAAAGAGCCUAAAUCACGUCCAGAACAAAGGGCUGCAGAUGGGUCAGGGGACUGCCAGGGGAGCAUAUUAGGAGGCCCCCCAGUCCAGUCAGAGGAGCCAGCCUUCCCCGGAGUGGAAGACCUCUUGUAUCCUAUGUCCUCUCACCUCAGCCUGACACAGGAUGAGCAUGACUAUCAAGGGGGAGGCUUGGUAGGGGACCCAGGUCCAGGCAAAGAACUGCCAGCUGGCUUUAGCCCUUUAUCAGAGAUGUCACCAAAGCUACUGGAGGCAGACCCUGGUGGAUCCAGCCUCCCUAAGCCUGCUGACUGCCUCCUGGCCCAAGACCUCACCUGGGAGCUACUGGCCAGUGGCAUGGCUGCCCUACCAGGGACACGUGAUGCAGAAGGCCGAGCAGUGCUGCUUCUGUGUGCCCACAGCCCAGCUUGGCUUCAUCCCAAGUGCAAUAGCCAUGAACUUCUGAGUCUCUUGUUCUACCUGCGAGGCAUCCUCAGGUCCGAAGUGCAGGCCCUGGGACUGACCAUACUAGUUGAUGCCCGAAUUUGUUCCCCGAGCUCUUCUCUCCUCUGGGGCCUCAGCCAGCUACAACAAGCAGCCCCAGGAUCUGUGCACCAAGUGCUGCUGGUUGGCAAGAUGCCAGAGGAAAUGCCUACGGGGCUUCAGUUCAAUCAGCUGCCCUCUCACCAGAGCCUGCUGGCCUGCAUUCCUGACGUGGGGUUGCCUACUUCACUAGGAGGAUGCCUGCCUUACAGCCACCAAGCCUGGCUGGAUUUCCGGAUGCGUCUAGAGACCCUGCAGCAGAAUUGCCAGGAGACGUGUGCCCUGCUCCAGGGGGUCAUUGACAGUAUGCGGGCCGUGCAGCAGCCCGUGGAGUCUGGAGACGCUGGCCAGCUGCUACGGCAGGCACAGUCCCUCAUGCGGCAGGUGCUGGAGUCACCACAGCUGUCAUGGUUGCAAAACCAGGGAAGCCUGGAGCUGGCACGGCUGAAGCAGGGGAUGCCAGAGGUGACCCUGAGCCCCGAUCACAGGUCUGCAGUAGACAAGGCUGAUGAGCUGUAUGGUCAAGUGGAUGGACUGCUGCAUCAGCUAACUCUGCAGAGCAACCAGCGAAUACAGGCCCUAGAGCUCCUCCAAACACUGGAAGCCCAGGAGGGCAGGCUGCAUCAGAUUGAAGUGUGGCUCCAGGAGGUGGGCUGGCCAGGACUGGAGGAACCAGGGGAGCCCUCGCUGGACAUGUUGCUCCAGGCCCAAGGCCCUUUUCAAGAGCUAGACAAAGCUGCCCAGGAACAGGUCAAGCAAGGAGAGAAGUUACUGCAGCCACUGGUUGGCUGGGAAGCUGCUGAACUGGGGCCCCCUGGAAAGCGCUUUCUGACCCUGAGAUCCCAGCUGACAGAAUUUUCCAGAGCUUUGGCCCAGCGGCGCCAGCGGUUGGCAGAUGCUGAGAAGCUGUUUCAGUUCUUCAAGCAGGCCACGACAUGGACUGAGGAGGGGCAGCGGGUACUGACAGAGCUGGAGCAGGAGCACCCAGGGUUUGUGCUGCAGCGGCUGCAGGUGCACUGGACCAGACAUCCUGACUUGCCCCCUGCCCACUUCCGGAAAAUGUGGGCUCUUGCCACAAGCCUAGGCUCAGAAGGCAUCCGCCAGGAAUGUCGAUGGGCCUGGGCCCAGUGCCAGGACACCUGGCUGGCUCUGGAUCAGAAGCUUGAGGCUGCACUGAAGCCACCAUCAACAAACAGCACAGCUACGUUGUGUGUCAGGCGGGCUCCUGCUGUACCCACCAUUCCUCCACUGAGGAAGGCCUACAGCUUUGAUCGGAAUCUGGGGCAUGCCCAUCAUGGCCACUAUGCAGCAGUUGUUACUGACUCCCACAGACCUGAGGCUGGAGAAGGUGUCUGGCCCAGGUCAUCCCCUUCUGUGCCUCUAUCAGGCAGCUCUGACUUCAGGAACCCCAACAGGCUGCAGCUAGUAUUGGCAGAGAUGGUGGCUACAGAGCGUGAGUAUGUCCGGGCCCUUGACUACACCAUGCAGAACUACUUCCCUGAGCUAGAUCGACCUGAUGUGCCCCAGGGCCUCCGUGGCCAGCGUGCCCACCUCUUUGGCAACCUUGAAAAGCUUCGGGAUUUCCACUAUCAUUUCUUCCUUCGUGAGCUAGAGGCUUGUACCCAGCACCCACCUCGAGUGGCUUAUGCUUUCCUGCGUCAUAGGGUGCAGUUUGGGAUGUAUGCACUCUACAGCAAGAAUAAACCUCGUUCUGAUGCCUUGAUGAGCAGCUAUGGUCACACCUUCUUCAAGGUAGGAGCCUGCAACUAUAGGAGCAGCAGGGGAUGGGGGCAUACCCCAAAACCAUUUUGUGAUCUCCCACUUAUGUGGCAGGAGAAGCAGCAAGCACUGGGAGAUCACCUGGAUUUGGCUUCCUACCUACUAAAGCCAAUCCAGCGCAUGAGCAAAUAUGCCUUACUACUGCAGGAGCUGGCAAGGGCCUGUGGGGGCCCAGCACAAGAGCUGGGUGCUCUUCAGGCAGCCCAGAGUCUUGUGCACUUCCAGCUGAGACAUGGCAAUGACCUGCUAGCCAUGGAUGCCAUCCAGGGCUGUGAUGUUAACCUCAAGGAACAGGGCCAGUUGGUACGACAGGAUGAGUUCACAGUGCGGGCUGGGCGCCACAAGUCCUGUCGCCGUGUUUUCCUCUUUGAGGAGCUGCUGCUCUUCAGCAAGCCUCGGCGUGGGCCUGCAGGUGUUGACAUAUUUACCUACAAGCGUUCCUUCAAAAUGGCGGACCUUGGCCUCACUGAAUGCUGUGGGGAAAGCAAACUGCGCUUUGAGAUCUGGUUCCGUCGUCGCAAGGCCAGGGACCUGUUUGUACUGCAGGCCUCCAAUGUGGCCACCAAACAAGCCUGGACAGCUGAUAUCUCCCGCCUGCUCUGGAGGCAGGCUAUCCACAACAAGGAAAUGCGCAUGGCUGAGAUGGCAUCCAUGGGUGUGGGGAACAAGGCCUUCUGGGACAUUGCCCCCAGUGAGGAAGCUAUCAAUGACCGUAACAUCAACUAUGUCCUAAAGAGACGAGAUGUUCGCUCUAGGGCCUCCAUUGCUGUGGCCCCAUUUGAUUCUGACAACCCCUAUCUGGGUGCCUUGGGCUCCCUUCCUGGAGACCGUGCCUCUUGCUCUGUUCUGGGGUCUCUCAAUCUGCACCUGUACAGAGAUCCAGCUCUUCUGGGUGUUCACUGCUCCCUGUAUCCACCCAACUUCCCAGAGGAAGCAGCACUGGAAGCGGAAGCAGAGUUGGGCAGCCAGCCCUCUUUAACUCCUGAAGACUCAGAGGUCUCAUCCCAGUGCCCAUCAGCUAGUGGCUCUAGCAGUUCUGACAGCAGCUGUGUGUCAGGGCAGACCCUGGGCAGAGGCCUUGAGGACUUGUCCUAUGUUUGAGUCCGGCUUGAAGAUGGAACAGUAGAUACAGCAGUCAGAAACUCCAAGGAAUACCACACCUCUAUAUCUACUACAACCAGUGAAUGGCUGGCUCCAGGGCCACUGUGUUCCCACCCCUCAUAUCCAGUAGGAAUAGCCUUCUUGAUUAUCCUUUCUGAUGUCUGUAGUCACCAACUGACUGGCCUAGGGCCUUUCCAAGGGCAUCUGGCUGCAAAGCCUAGAUAAGCACCUUGAUCCCAAGCUCCUGGGAUCCUUCUCCUAUCCCCUCCCUACCACCCUAGUUGUAAGUUCCAUAGGAUGGGCAGAAGUUGAGUAUUUCCAAACUCUAGGCUGGUAUCAUGAGGGACACAAGUGGGUUCCCAGCAGCUGCUCCUCAGCCCUUGCACUUAAUGCUGAUCUCUCCAAACAAACACAGGGGCUAGCCUGCCCCAUAUAUAGGUCCCUUAUUCUUGAAUUUGUUGGCUUCCCAUCUCUAGCUUCUUGUUUUUUUGGGCCAUCUUGGUCAUUUUGACUUGAUGCUUUUUGAACAGCUUUCAAUUAGACUUAUCUACUGGUUUCAUUGGUUAUUGAUGCUCAGUCUUCUCAGAGAAGGAGUCCAAGCAUUUGUCUUGUGGUUUACUCUUUUAUUUGUUUAUAAUAAAAAUAGAGUGAUUUGUA